AUGGACAGCGAUGUGCAGCAGCUGGUGGACAUGGGUUUCGGUUACCCAGAAGCAGAGCUCGCUCUGCGUGAAGCAGGCAACAUGGAGCAGGCGCUGGAGCUUCUCUUGACUGGUACGCUUUCCACCGAGCCUGCCGAGCCUGAUGAGACAAAGCCCGACAAGGCAAACCGCUUCAGCCCACUGGACACUGCUGCACCUGACAAUGAAUGGCCUGAGUUGCCAAAGCCAAGCACUUCCUCCGGCUAUGCUAAAGGGUCAGAAAGGCCACCUGGAUUGGACCAGGCAAAGGACGACCUUGGCGCAGCUUGGGAUUUGUCUAUGGAGGACAUGGUGCCAACGCCCCAAAUGCCACGGCCAAAUGGGUUGCCAUGUGGACUACUGAACGUGGGGAACACUUGUUAUGUAAACUCUUUGCUUCAAACGCUCUUCCAUGCUGAGCAAUUUCGAGAUCAGCUGCUGAGCUUUCGGCCUCCUGCAGCCGAAGAUCGCAGCAAAAGUGCCCAAGGUGCCCAAGGUGCCCCAGGCGCCCCGGGUGGCCAAGGUGCGCACACGGCUGAGAGCAUGGCUGCAGAGCGUCGUCGCGAGCAUGCCCUACAGCUUGUGCUUGAGCUGAGAAAGCUCUUCGCAUACUGCCAUCUGUCGGAGCGCAGCUGUGUUAGCCCUGCUCAACUACUCCACGAGCUGGUUGAUUUGCAGGGUCAUCAGCUCCCUGUGGGUGGCCAAGAGGAUGUCAGUGAAUUCAUGUUGAAGUUUGUCGACCAACUCGAGGAGGGAAUCGCUUCUGAUGCGACGGAGGAGGGUGCAAAGGGGACACAGGAGGACGAAAGCUCGAAGAACUCGAGAAGCUCGGAAAGCUCGAAAAGCUCGACGGUCCUUCACGAGCUGCUCUAUGGAGAGCAGGUACAAAUCUUCUCUUACGUGGACAAACAGACAGCCUCUGAGCCAGACAAAGAGCCCAUCGAGCCCAUCGAGCCCAUCGUCAGCUCAGAGCAAAGCGAUUUCCUGCAGAUCUUUCUGGAUGUCAAGUACAGGAAUCUCUACGCAGCUUGGGCAGCGGCGAACGAACAGUGUGUGGACUAUACCACCCCAGCUGGAAGCAAGGCACAGGGCAAGACUCGCGUUUGGAUUAGAAGGCUUCCCAAGCUCCUUUUCUUCCAGCUGCAGCGUGUAGCCUUUGAUCCGGAAACCAAGGAGCAGGUGAAGUUGGAGGAUGAGUUCGACUUCGAGAGCACCAUUUAUCCCGAUCGUUUCAUGCAAAGGAACGAGGCCACCGUGCUGCAGGUAGAGCAGACCGCACAGCGUCUGCGUCAACAGAUGCUAGAGAAAGAGCUCGCGUUGCAGCGCUUUCGGCAGUACCAGGCCGCAGAGUGUCCGAGCACUUCACUUCCAGUGACGACAUUGCUUCGAGGCGCUGCCAACUGCUUGGAAGCAAAUGCCAUGGCCCUCCGACUCGGCCUCCGAUCAGAUCGAUCGAGCGAAGAGAGCCAGGAAAGCGAGCAUGGCAAGCAUGGCGAGCAUGGUGAGCAUGGCGAGGUGCUGAAAGACCCGGUCCAUUCUGCCGCUCUCACUGCUUGGACGACUUCGACAAAGGAUGCAGACGUCGAUUGGAUUCAGGCUUGGCGUGCUUCCGCUUCCGACCCGGUCCAAACGCUCCGAGCUUUAGCAGACACAUGCCAGAACCAGGAGGGGCGAUUGCAGGAGGAAGUGACCUCGCUUGAUAGACAGCUCUCAGAGGCCUAUGCACCCUUACAGAAGGAGCCUUAUCACUUGUACGGGAUCUGGGUCCAUCAAGGUCAAGAGGCUGAAGCCAGGUCUGGUCACUACGUGGCCUUUUUGAAGGACUGGCGAAAGAACCGAUGGAUGCGCUUCAGCGACUCCUCUGUCCAAGUUGCAACAUGGGAGGAGGUCAGGAAGGCGGCCCUCGGCGGCGAUUGCGGCGAAGGCGAAGGCGGAACAUCUCCGCAGAAUGCGCAAAGUGGUGCCCAGAACGUGAGGUCAAAGUCUCGAUCCUCUGCCUAUGUUCUCGUUUACAUGGAGGCCGGGCUUGCUGAAUCUCAGCAAAAAGAGCCGGAUGCAGCAGGCGACUUGGUUCGCUUGAUUCCUGCGGAGCUGCUGGAAGAGAUUCAAACAGACAAUCGAGCGCUCCAAAACGAACGUGGCAGCUGGCAGGAGCAGGUCAAGGUCCGUGAGCUGCGUCAGCAUGCCCAGGCCAUCUUCCAAGAAUAUGCGAUGCUUUUGCAUCGUUGGGAGCCAAAGAAGCGGCUGGGGGAUGCGUCGGGUAACCCUCACUCACAGGAUCCCAACCACCGGAAACAGCUCAACGAUCCCGCAUUAAUGGGCAUUGAGCUGUACUUAUACAAAUCUGGCGGGGAGCAAGAAGUUUUUCACUAUCUCCUCAAGAAGAGCUUGGAUGAGCAGCGGAAAGUCCGGUGCUGGCAGUUGGAAGAUGAGGGGAGGAUCCUGUCUUUUCUUGCAGAGACCUUGCGAAGCCAGGACUGUUAUGUCAAGAUGCUCAGAGAGAAGUCGUCCGGCGAGUGCAAUGAGGGCCCGAACUCAGCCUCAACUGAGAGGCCGAACUCAGAGCCAUCCACGUCAGGGAGAGAACGGAGAGAGUGUGAAUUGGUGGAGCUGGACCAUGAAGCUUUGCUCAGCAAGUACAACAACGUUCUCGUCGAGGCGCACAUUCUGGAUGAGGCUUUGCAACUGCUGAAGCGUGAGGGUGGUUUAGCGCUUCCUCGAGCAAUCGGCCUACUUGCCAUGCUGUGGGCACAGUUCAGCUUGGACCUUGACUAUCAGUUCAGGCACAAUGAAGUGCUACUGGUCCUGAGCGCCCUGAUGUACAACACGGUGUCUUGCAUCGAGGAUCAGGAUGUCCUACUACAUCAGAACUAUCGGGAGCUUGGGGAGUACUUCUACAUAGUCUUAAGCUGCGUCGAAUGGCCACGAAACUGGAAGUUACCUCUGCAACAACGUAUCUUAAAGAUGUUCCCCAACGCGGCUGACGUGAUGGAGACAGCUCUGAAUGCCGUUCUGCAUGCGAGGGCUGAGCGUGAAGGGGCUACUGGCGUAGUGGCGACGAGCACGCACGCUGACCAGAAACAACUGGUGCUAGUACGAUCGCUGGUAUAUCUUGAUGGCAAGACGCUUGAGGAUUUCGGAGAGCAUCCACCGCCAGGCGAGGCUUUCUUUGACCGGCACCGUGCUCUCUGGUCUUGGGCCAUGCAGAAUGACAAGCUCCUGGCGAAAGAAUUUGUUUCGUUGGCUUCUCCCACUUAG